AUGAAAUACCGAUGUAAGGAGGGCUGGAUAAAUGAGAUCCACAGCUACGACCCAGCGACGUAUCUCGCCACACACACUCACUCUGUGUAUGUGCGUCUGGAGGGCUCCAUCCUGCGACUGUCAAAACCAAAUCGCAAUAUUCCCCGCCGGGCAACUUUCAACGAGCCCAAACCUGAUGUCACCUAUGUUAGCCAGAAAAUCUAUGACCUCACUAACAGUAAGAUCUACCUGGUGCCUCACGGCUUGGCAAGGAAGCGAGUGUGGAAUAAGAAGUAUCCUAUUUGCAUUGAGCUGGCCAAGCAGGAUGACUUCAUGGCUAAAGCCCAGGAAGAUAAGACUGAGGGGACGGAGGAAAAGACCCCUGCAGUAGGAGACAAGAGUGAGGGGGUGGGCACUGGCGAAGAAGCAAAGAGAACACACACAGAACCUAUUCUCUACCUGUUUGGGAGGACAGGAAGGGACAAGGAGGAGUGGUUCAAACGGAUGCUGUUUGCAUCCAAACUGAAAUCAGAAGCCAGAAAGCCCUUGGGCCUGCCUACAAGUUUGUCAGCAGGUUUGUCUCACAGCCGCAGCAGUAGUCAAGGCAGUUUGGAUGAAGUGAUCCACUCUCAUCCCAGACAAAAGGAUCUUGGUGCCAGUGUCAAACAAAAAGUUCUGGAAUACAACGUCUACAUGGCCAAAUAUGUUAGUCAGUCUACAGUAAGCCUUGUUACAAGCCCUGUUCAGAGUGCUGGGAGCAGCCCGGGAACGGUUAAGAAGUUUCCAGCCAGUCAUGGCCAGGAGUCCGUGUCAGAAGCCUGGGUCAAUGCUCUCUUGGGUCGCAUCUUUUGGGACUUUCUUGGAGAGGAAUACUGGGCAGACAUGGUGUCCAAAAAGAUUCAGAAGAAGCUGAGUAAGAUUAGGCUCCCGUAUUUUAUGAAUGAGCUAACCCUCACCGAGUUGGACAUGGGCAUAUCUAUUCCCAAGAUCCUCAGGUCCUCCAAACCAUCAGUAGAUUACAGAGGUGAUCUACACCCUGGGCCUGCCUGUAUUCUUGGUUUAUAUUCCUAAAAUAUUGAGUUUACUUCCAUUGCACCAUAAUUUUAUUUCCGUUGGUUACUAAACUUUUAGCCAGGGUUUGAUACAAAAUGUUUUCUGCUCUAGAUUAGUUACACAAAUGAGUAAUUGUUGCAUAACUGUUCCCAUGAUUUAGUCUGCAUUAUAUGAGAUUCUGGUGCAUGGCUCUUGAUAUGUCAGAGCAGUUUUCAUCAGGUGCUGCUAACACUGUCUAGGAACCCAAUAUGACUCAAGCAUCUGAAUUAAUGUUGCUUGCUAAGGGAAAAAUCACUUGUACUAUUGCUGAAUUUGAAGACUCAAAAAUGAAAAUCAGUCUCUCACCCUUGUGCCAUAGCUUCAGCUAAACAGAGAUUUUUAAUUAAAUAAGCCACAUCUUUGUAUAGCCAUAUAGGCCGUAAGGUGAAGCCGUUUUUUGUUUAAUCCUGUUCCCAUAUAUGGGGCACUAAAUUAUUUUCAUUCCAAUAAAAAGAGCUAUUGUUUUUGAGCGAGAAAAUAAAAGUUCUCCAUGUAUAAUCCUGCAGUUUAUUUUUUAUUACUGUUCAAAGUCGGCAAUAGUUCCUUCCUCGCGUAAUCAUAUUUUGAUCAUGAGUGAUUAGGCGUCGCGUCACGUGUAGGAAGCACGGCCAAUGAGGUGGCCGCUAUUUGGAACGACAUUCCAAUAUGUCUGCGCCCUUGUUAUCAAUCUCGAGUAGCGAAGAAGAGAAAAUUACGGCCAGACCUCCUUCAAAACUCCGUAAAAAGGAUUAUAAACAAUGCUAUAUGCAUCUCACUUCCAUAAAGAAAGAAGAAACAAAGGAUUUUACACGCAAACGAUGGGAUACAUACAGAAAUAGCGUCAAACGGUGGCUUGUUUUGCAUGGUGAGAAUCAGAGAAUAGCAGAAACAUACAAACAUUGUCUAGAAAUCGAGUUUGAAAAUGUCCCCUAAGACACUGGGAUAAAGUUGGUUUGACGUUGGACGUUCGAUAUUCGUGAAUGUAGGGACCGUCUCUAAAGUUACAUACACAUUAAAAUAUUUUUUUAAAAGCUCAAUAGCAUUCAAAGGGAAUGACUUACAGCCACAAAACUUACUGUACUGUGUUCAUGUGUGUGUACUCUAUGAAGCACACCUUUUAGAUUUUUGAUAUUUAUCAUAAUAAACCGUCAAAUUAUAUGUAAAUAUUCCUAUGUGUUUCACUACUGUAUGGACUCAUACACAAAAAUACCAUUUUUAAAGCUCAAUAGCAUUUAAAGGGAAUGACUUACAGCCACAAAACUUACUGUACAGUGUUCAUGUGUAUGUACUCUAUGAAGCACACCUUUUAGAUUUUUGAUAUUUAUCAUAAUAAACCGUCAAAUUAUAUGUAAAUAUUCCUAUGUGUUUCAACUCAACUCAACUUUAUUUAUAUAGCGCUUUUACAAUUUUCAUUGUUACAAAGCAGCUGUACAUGAGACACAUUGACUACAAGCAAAACAAUCAAAGUUUUACCUGCAAAAACAAGAAAAAGGUUGAAAACACAGA